AUGAGAGAAAAAACGAACUAUUCAUCUUUAACUAAAUUCCUCGCGGUUUCCCUUCUGGUGUGGGGAUGCCAGUAUUCUAAUGAGGCAUCUGCCGUCAGUACAUCUAGGAAUGAGGAACAUGGAAAAAACAACACAUCCGCUGCAGAAGCUGGUAGGGUAUUAAGGGAAGAUGAAGAAGUAAUUGCCGAACAGAGAAAUGCCUUCCUUAAAGAAAAGUUGAUAGGAUUAAAAGAAGAUGGACAAGAAGACCUUAAUGAUAAUUUGGCCCUUGCAAAAAGGUUUAAUGCGUUAAUACAGGAAGAAAACUUCCAAAAAGGAUUAAAUUCAUUGACGACCGAUGAAAACAAAAAAAGGCAAAUGAACUCUUAUGAAUAUGAUGAAAACAUUCAAAAGUUGCACAACAUAUUCAAUUCUAACGCCAACAAUAGGAAUCCUAAGAAGGAUAUAAAUUUAAUGGAAUUCGAAGAUUUUGGAAAAGUGGAAUAUUUCCAAAAAUUGAGCAACAAACCUCAGAAACAGACGAACCCAUUUACUGUUACGAACAAUUCCACAAAACAAAAUGGUUCCUCAAAUUUGUACAGCGAAAAUACAAAAGAAGUAAAUACACAUGCACCUACUAGCUAUUUCGAAAAUCUCCAUAAUUCCAUGAAUGUUAACAGACAACCAGCUAAUAAAGGAACCACAACUGCACCUACUAGCUAUUUCGAAAAUCUCCAUAAUUCCAUGAAUGUUAACAGACAACCCGCUAAUAAAGGAACCACAACUGCACCCACUAGCUAUUUCGAAAAUCUCCAUAAUUCCAUGAAUGUUAACAGACAACCCGCUAAUAAAGGAACCACAACUGCACCUACGAGCUAUUUCGAAAAUCUCCAUAAUUCCAUGAAUGUUAACAGACAACCUGCCAAAAAAACAACUAUAAUUCAUCCAGCUGACCGUUUCGGAGAACAACAAAAUUCACAAAAUGUUAACAAACUCCCAACAGCAUUUCCCAAUUCACUUGAUACUACAGACAUCUUCGCAAAACUACAUAAUUCACUAAAUUUCGAUAAACCAAAGGAAAAAACAUUAAAUUUAUACAGCGAUAAUGAUAACUCUGAGAAUUCAUAUAGUACAUUAGACGAUGAUUUUUAUUCUCAUAAUAUAUUUAAUGGUGGAUAUAAAACAGGCAACUAUGAAUCUGAAGAUAUAGGUCGUCAAGGCUUUCAGUAUUUAUAUGAUGAACCAUGGAGACAUCAGAAUUAUAAAAAUUAUUUCAAUGAUUUAGAGGAAAAUGGAACAGCUAAUACAUAUUUUAAUAAGAGGUAUAACGAUUUAGUAGGAGAAAACAAUUUUGAAUCAGAAAGAAAAGGUCUAAGGAAUGUAGAUGGUCAACAAAGAAAUGGUUUACAAAAACCAUUAAUUGACUCUUCAGAACAUUUUCCCAAGGGAAGUUAUGAAAAAAAUACCAAUGAUAUGACAAACAAUCCUUAUACUGCAAAUAGGAUAAGUGCAUUGGCAUAUGCCCAAAAUGUGGAAAAGUUGCUUAAUAAAUUAAAAUAUUUUAAUAAUGUUGAAACAGCAGUUGAAGAAUUAAAAAAUGAUGCUAACUUUAAAAAAAUACUUGAUGAAUUGCAAAAUGGUAAUGGACUUGAAAGACUAUUCUAUGUAUUGAAAUAUUCUGAUGAUUCUGAAGGAAUACUUUCUGAAUUGAAAAAAAAUGACAACAUUGAAAAACUAAUUUAUGUAUUGAACUAUUACGAAAACAAUUCUAAAACCCCCCCAAAAAAAGAAUUAAAAAAUGUAGCAUCAAAAAAAGAUAAGAAGGGAAAGUUCAAAUUAUCAUUAUUAAAGAUAAAAAAGAAAAAACUAAUAGGCUUCAUAACGAAAAUAUUCAGUAAGUUUGAUAAAAUGUAUGAAGAUCAGUUGUUAUCAAUAUUCAGUUCCGAGUUAGAUAAUGAUUCUACAGAUAAUCAAAAAUUUUUUCAUCUUCUGAAAUACACUAAAAUUCUAAUACCAUUUGUAUUUGCCGCAAUAUUUGUAGUCAUUCUUAUUUUAGUGCAAAAUAUUGCCUAUUAUAUUACAGUAGCCGCAAUAAUUGCCGCAACAAUAGGAUAUACCGCCUUUAAAGUGAAGAAAUGCCAUUAUAAGAAAGAACUUGAAAGAAUGAACAUGAAAAAUGAAAAGAAGCCUUCAAAGCCGACAAUAAUAAAAACCGUCCCGUCCUAA